AUGUGUGUUGGUGAAAAUUGCGCUCCCCAGGCCGUUCAUUAUGUGAACGCGCAGCUUACCGCGCUCUAUGAAAACGCUCUCGACUGCGUCAAAACUCACGACAACGCCGACAAGCCCGGCGAGCAUUUCAAGUACUCCCAUGCCCUAGCUGAUUUUUCCUUCGUCGAUCCAUACAUCAAAGGGCAUCACACUAUGUUUCAAGCUAAUUUUGGGAAGCCUCGGCUUGAAUUUAUCUGUAACCACGACGCUGUCCUUCACCUUACCAUCACAAAAGGAUACUACCGUCUUGACUACAAUAGAUCUUCUACCAUGGCUUAUGCCGAAAAGGAUCGCUUGCAAAUCCUCUCCGAUGUGGAAGUUGCAUUCCGCGUAGGGUUUUCCACACGCGAGCUACGCGGCAAGGACUCGAGUAUCGGGAACGGUCAAAAUCUCAUCCAGCUGAUCGUCCUCGAUUUGCUCAAGGCACAGAUGAUCUCGGCAAAGCCUGCCAUUAUCAUCGGCAGAGAUGCAUUCGUUCAUUUUAUGUCCCAGUAUCUCAAUUUCCUCCACCAGGCCGGGAAUCACGUUCUCUUCUCGCUGCCAGAUUUCGACGAUGAUCGUUACCGUCUGACCAUCGACUACUCCCUCAUGGGAUCGCCAACCUUGGACGUCCAAGAAAUUCAUGGCAUUAAUGUCGAGAAGAUCAACACGUAUCUUUCGUCUGUCUGGCUCAAGUGUGCAAUGGCUCUCGACAGCCCGGAAGAUGUGACAGUGGACUGGAAGUCCACUAUUCUCGCUGAGUAUCGGAGUACCUGGUCGCUCCAUGCUGAUUCCGGCUUUCACUUCCAUGUCCGCCUUGGGGCCCCUCGCGUGCAGCCUGUCUGCUCACGUGAGACUAUCCUAUAUUUCACCAUCGACGAGAUAUUGUUCUUCGAAUCGGAUGACCUCAGCGUGGAAACGCAGUAUCGCUAUGGCGGCUGGGAAAUUGCAAUUCUAGUCGACAUCGUACAUGAGAAGAACUCGGACGGACAUGUUACCAGCUGCAAACUCGAUCUCACUACGGCGCGUCCUUACCAUCGCUUCUGUUCUUUUCCCAAUAUCGACAGCUCCAACGAAUUGGAGCUGUCUUACUGCACUCGUAUCCUCGAGUUUUUCACCUCAAGCUACCUCGAUGUCUUGGAGAGCAUAGACUUCCAUGUCAUUUAUCACUUCGAUGCUCGCUGGCAAAACUGGCACCUGUCCAUUGAAAACGGGGACAGUAUAGAUGAAGGGCUGGAUGAGGCCACCGAGGACUGGACGAUCACCUCACAGAGUACUAACACCAAGGUCACGGCUUGGGUCGAGCGAAUGACGCGAUGCAACAUGUUUGGAUUCGACCAGGUCUCAGCCAUCUCACAGUCGUCGAUCAAUGCUUUCUUUGCUUCCCUUUGGGCUAUCGGCUCCUCGACGAAGGUGGUCGAACGCAGUGCUGCGUUGACCCACUGGCACUACGAGAAGUUCUUUUCCGCGUCGUUCAAGCCAUUGACGGUUCGCCUGUUGAGCAAUGGACGGGCGAUCGUGUGGGUCCACAUGAACCACGGACAUAUCAAGACGCUCAAGAAUUGGAAGCCGUGGUCCGAGAGUGAAAAUUACUCGUUCGAAGGUUGGCACCUUGCGUUCGAGGUGGAAUUGAAGAAGUACGCCCAUGCGGAGUUGGAUGUCUCCAAGAGCUGGCUUGCAAAGUAUGCAGAAACAGCUGUCUUCAAGGAGCACGGCGACUGUCAAGACCGUCACUUGGUCCAUCUCGUUCUUGACUUUAAACAUGCCCAGUUUUUGCACGAGUUCUCGACGUUUGAGGGACUCUUCCAGAUGGACGAUCGUCGUCCCAUCGACAAGGUGCAAGCCGCGGUUCACUAUCUGAAGAGCCACUACCUACCGUACUUGGCACACUGGGGCUUGCACAUCAUCCACACCGUCCCUAUCUGGACGUUUGGUUCCACCCUCCCUUCGUGCGCGCUGACAAGCGUCGCAUUCCAUGUCUACUCCAAGUUGACCAUCACUCGUCAGAACUGGGCACAUGUCUCCACCGCCCAGGAGCCUGUGAUUGCCAUCCUCGGCAUGUCGAGCUUCCGCCCUCUUCCGUCCACGCAGCUCGAGUACUCCGCAGACUGGGUCGUCCGUGCUACCAAGGGCAUUUCUUACGGCACCGUCUGUGUGUCCCGCGCAGCCUUCAUGGAACAACGUCUGCUCCAUCUCCUCGCACGUGUCAACGCGCUCACGACUGUCGUGCCCAAGUUCUCCGGCAUUCACAACGGCGUCUGGAAGCUAGAACUGACGACCUGGGCAAAGCACGAAUGGAAGUCUUCAGAGGACUGCAAGUGGGUCGCCGUACCCGCUGAGCAUGAUGGGUUCUCGAAAUAUGCCUGGCAACAUCGUGACUGCUGGAAGUAUGAGCACGAGGGCUCUGGCGAUGUCGCGAAUGGAACGUAUGCCGUGUCUUGUCUCACGCGCAACUAUGUGGAGCUUCCUAGGGGAUCCCGGACCAAGUCUCUGGACAUUAAGGUGUGGGGAGAAGUCGAGGUCGAGAUGACAUUUGCAUCCGCCUUGCAGCGUGGAAGUGCGAAAUCCUCUUCUACCUGGAACACUUCACUGUGUCUCCAGAACGAUACCGACGGGCUCAAGUUGAGGGUCAUCGGCUCUCCCAAUCCCGUUAUUAAAAAGACCACGUACACCGGCGACAGAGCAUCAGAGAUGUUCACUGAUCUGGAGACCAGUCUGCGAGCCCAGCUUCCUGGUACUAUCGACUUCCGAGAGGUUCGCCAGGAGCUCCAAGCCUUCGAAGGUGUAUGGAAAUAUGGGUACGCCGGGAUGCAGACUUACUGUCUCUCAAAUCCUGUCUUCACUGCCCUCGGCGACAUCAUGUUUGAGCUUCGCCCUCACAUCCAACAAGUGGUCGGCACUGCCAGUAGUGCCCAACGUCAAGUCAGCUCGGCUAGUUUGCGUGGUCCGAGUGCCAGCAUCCGCUCGCGUUCGUCCUUCUUCGGAAAAGUGAAGGAGGUGGUCAACUCUGCUCUAUCGGAUGGCCAUGUGAACGGCGACAAAGGCGAUGCGCACAAAGAGGCUCCCGUCAACGGCAAUGGGACACACGGUGGAAAAGUGUACGCAGCCAAUGCCAUGACGCUUCCGGUAGGAGAUGCAAAGGGCGGUGGGACUGGAGAACUUGAAGUAGACGAGUUGUCAUUUCGGGUGUCUGAGGUUGUCGUGGCAUAA